GAGGUUCUCCAGCUUCACACCAACAGCGAGGCAAAGCUGAACAGUUGAACCUCCUCUCUGCUCUCUCCUCUCUCCUCUCUGCUCUCUGCUCUCUCCUCUCUUCUUCCAGCGGCGGAGAAACAUUCAACUUUCUGAACGGCUGCAGCGACAUGAGUUACACCUGAAGAGUGUGAAGUGGGGGAAGCACCGGCCAACAUGCCCUCGUGAAAGUCUGUCCACAGGUCGGAUAUCCCCCCCAGGGUACCGCAUCUCCAGCGCGCCAGAGAGAUGAACUGAGGACCGAGCGGGAGACAGCACUCGUUUCUUGAAGACGUCCGAGACUUAAGGAGAAAAAAACCAUGAGGUUGCAGAGGAGCCCGGGACUGGUCGCCGUGCUGGGCUUGAUCGCCUGUAUUUGUGCCUUUCAUACGACUACAGCCAUUGACAUCCCUCUGGAAGUUUUAGGUCAUAUAAACAUUGAGCAGCUGCCCACCAUCACAGAGCAGUCGCCCAGCUCUCUCAUCGCCUUCCCGUUCGACGAGAGCUUCCCCAUGACGUGUGAAGCCAAAGGGAAUCCCGCUCCAGAAUUCAGAUGGACGAAGAAUGGGCAGGAAUUCGACCCCUCUCUGGACCCCCGGCUGAUGAAAGAGGAGGAUUCUGGGACCUUUGUGAUACCCAAUAAUGGGAACCUCACAGAGUACCAGGGAACUUAUCGCUGUUACGCCUCAAACAAACUGGGGACCGCCAUAUCGAAGGAGAUUGAGUUCAUUGUGCCCCAUGUUCCGAAGUUUCCUAAAGAAACACUUGAUCCUGUCGUGGUGGAGGAAGGCCAGCCUUUUGUUUUACAGUGUGAUCCACCUAAAGGAAUCCCUCCCCUCCAGAUCUACUGGAUGACUAUCAAUCUCCAGCACAUCGAGCAGGACGAGAGGGUGUCCAUGGGCUUGAACGGAGACCUUUACUUCUCUCACGCCGAGGACAAGGACAGCAGGAGAGACUACUGCUGCUUCGCCGCCUUCCCAAGAAUACGAACCAUCGUUCAGAAGACCGCCAUGUCUGUCAUCGUGAAGACAAAAAAAAGUGACAUGAGUCCUGAAACUGCUAAUGCAAUCCUUGAGAGGAGACCCUCUCUUCUGACGCCCUCUAGUGUCAAGGCAUCGGAGACACAGCUGGUCAAAGGAGAGGACAUGAGAUUGGAGUGUAUUGCUGAGGGAUUUCCGACUCCGCAGGUUGAGUGGGUGAAGAUCGGUCAUAAGCUCCCCCUUAAAGCAAAACUGGAGAAUCACGGGAAACUGCUGAUUGUGCCCAAAGUUGAACAGGAAGACGGCGGGAAGUACAUGUGCAAGGCAAAGAACACGCAUGGAGAAGUUGUCCAUUACUUCAUCCUGAAAGUAGAAGAGCCUCCAGAGUGGCUGGUUGAGCCUGAGAGUCAGCUCAGUAUGAUCGGCUCAGACGUGCUCAUCAAGUGCUCCGCCAGCGGGACUCCUCAGCCGACUAUAACGUGGAGGGUGAACGGCGAACCUCUGCAGGGGUCCCCUUCAGCCAAGAGGAAGGCGCUUGGUGACACCAUCGUUUUACAUAAAGCCGAUGCGUCUGACAGCGCCGUCUAUCAGUGCGAGGCCUCCAACGUACACGGAACCCUUCUGUCAAAUGCAAACAUCAUGAUCAUGAAUCUGCCCCCCAUGAUUUUGACCAAGGAGGGAGAGGAUUACUCUGCUGUGGAGGGGAAGGGAGUGAUGAUGCACUGCUUGGUCUUCAGCUCUCCUCCUUCUACCAUCACUUGGAGCAAAGACGACUCGUCUGAGUCGGUGGAGGGGCAGAGGUUCACCGUCCACGACAACGGAACGCUGGAGAUCGACAGCGUGGAGAAAGACGACUCGGGACAGUACACAUGUUUAGCUAAAAACACAGAGGGGUCGUCGGCCAUCGACGCCACGCUCGAUGUGAAAGAUCCCACUAGAAUAGUGGCGGCCCAGGCGGACCUGCAGAUCUUAAUAGGUACCACGGCCCAGCUCUCAUGCCUCGCGGAGUACGACAAGUCCUUCAGCAACGACUUUGAGCUCCUGUGGGAAAAAGAUGAUGUGGCGAUAGCCCUCAACUACACUGAGAAUUCAAGAUACUUUGUGGAGGAAGGCAUUCUUCAGAUUAUCAAUGUGAGCCACGGGGACCAGGGUGUGUACACAUGUGUGGCAAGGACUCCGGUGGACCGAGACGCGGCCUCGGCGCUGCUCAUGGUGUUAGACGUCCCCGAUGCACCUGAGUACUUGGUACUGUCUGAACACAAGAGCAAAAGUGUGAAACUGAAAUGGAUCCCCGGGGACGAUCACAACAGCUCCACCACAGAGUUUAUUAUCGAGUACGAGGAGAGCCAGUGGGAGCCGGGAAACUGGAAGGAGCUGCUCCGAGUACCUGGGAACCACAACACGGCCGUGCCCAAACUCCACGGCCACGUCGACUACCGUUUCCGCGUGUGUGGCGUCAACGCCGUAGGGAGGGGUCGUCCCAGCGAGCCCACGGAGAGAUACAAACCCCCGCCGGCAGCUCCUGACAAGAACCCUGAAAAUAUCAAAAUCGAAGGUCAUUUGGCACAUGAAAUGGAUAUCAACUGGGAGCCUUUGUUACCCAUCGAGCACAACGGUCCUGGUUUGGAGUAUAAGGUGAGUUACAGGAGACAGGACGUGGAGGAGGACUGGAAGGAACACAUGGUGAAGAGACACUCGUUUGUGGUGAAGAACACUCCCACCUUUGUGCCCUACGAGAUCAAGAUCCAAGCCAGGAACCAUCAGGGCUGGGGCCCCGAGCCCAAGAUAGUGACCGGCUACUCAGGAGAGGACUUUCCCUCUGCUGCACCUGACGAUGUAGCCGUGGAGGUGAUGAACAGCUCUGUGGUCAAGGUUAGCUGGACGCGUGUACACAAGGACAAGUUACAUGGACAUCUGGGAGGCUACAGGAUAAACUGGUGGCGUCUGCGCAGCCUGACGGACUCAAAGAAAAGCCACGGAGACAAACACACGCUGACGUUCCCCGGGGACCGGGACCACGGCACGGUGCCGGGACUGACGCCCUUCUCCGAGUACAGCCUCAUCGUCAUGACCUUCAACGGGCGGGGCAACGGCCCGGGCAGCCAUCACCUCAACUUCAAAACCCCAGAGGGAGUUCCUGAGAAGAAUCCAGUUUUCAGGGUCACCGACGUCCAGAAGCACACCGUCUCGCUGCUCUGGGCCCCGCCGUCGGAGCCUAAUGGGAUGCUCACCGGGUACCUCCUCGAGUAUCAGCUCAUCAACGACACAGAGGAAGUGGGGCCGCGGCAGACAGUAGAUAUCAGCAACCCCGUCACCACCAAGUGGAUCCUGCGCGACCUGGAGCCCGUGAGCAAAUACAAGUUGUACCUGCGCUCCUGCACCAGGAUGGGAUGCGGGCCGGUUGUCAGCGAGGAGUGCACCACCACCCUGGAAACAAGCAAGUCAGCUUCCCCCUCACCUCCAAGCACUCCCAAGUCCCCAGUGACCAAACCCACUCGCUCCACCAUAGGUCUGGCCAGCAUCCACGGAGGAAUAUCCACCCAGGGCUGGUUUAUCGGCCUGAUGUGUGCCAUCGCUCUCCUCAUACUCAUUGUGUUGAUCGCCUGCUUUGUCAACAGAAAUAAAGGAGGGAAGUAUUCAGUGAAAGAAAAAGAGGACCUCCACCCAGACGUGGAGUCCCAGGGCAUGAAUGACGACACGUUUUGUGAAUACAGCGACAACGACGAGAAGCCACUGAAGGGCAGCCAACACUCGCUGAGCAGAGAGAUCAAAGCCGGGGACAGCGGGGACAGUCUGGUGGACUACGGCGACGAGGACGUUCAGUUCAACGAGGACGGCUCCUUUAUCGGCGAGUACGCGGGGCGAAAGGAGAAGAGGGCGUCCGCCGAGAUCAAAGCCACCAUUCAGACCCCGGCGUGAGGAGCGAAACCGCCAUCCGUCCUCUCCCGGACAACGUUUUUCAUUAAACCUGCUGGGAGGAACAAAUGAAAGAGGAAAACAGACAUUAUCCAUACCGAGCACACGUCGUGUCAAAUGUAAUGCGUCAUUGCCAACUGCACACUGCCACCCUCAUUUUAUACAGCUCUGUUUUUGUCAAGUUGCAACACAAUGACCGUUACUAAAUACUGUGUAUAUAUAGUGUAUAUUAUAUGUGCGGAGUGUCUUUUUUUUAUAAUUAUUAUUACACAAAAAAAAAUUUAGAGGGCUUUGGAUUUUCUUUUCUUUUUUAUCUCCCAUUACGUCAGCUGUUUGUACAAAUGUUAGGAACAUUUCACUCUCCAUCGCACAUCAUUAUAUGCAGCUUUGCCUCCGAUGUCGUCCCGUAGCCGACCAACAGAUUAGCGGGAAUAUCAAGUUUGAUAUUUUUCAAUUGGAGCAAAUAUUACUGACCUUUUAUAUUUGAAAACUAUUCAUUAAAUAUGAUGUAAGAUGUGUAUAAAGGUUGAUUAUUAACUUAUUUUAUCCAGUGGUUUUAUACCUGACUAAAUAACAUUUACAUAUCAUAAACAGUGAAUCUCCCUUUGACGUUAGAAGAAAAUUAAAUGUAGCUAUUAUGUGUCUUGUUUAGCAUUUAGAUCCAUCGGACAGUUUAAAUGACAGACCUCAGUCUGUGCUUACUAUCGCACACUGCUAUAGUAAUAACAGCCCCAUACACUGCUAUACCAGAUAUGGAAGAUAUAUUGUAAUCCAUUACAUGCUAUUAUUUAUCUGAUUAUUAGAAAUUGAUGUGUAAACCAGUCACACUUUUAUCACAAUUUGUAUUAAAAGUACAAUUACAGUUUAUAGACAAACUAUUUUACAAUGCUGGCAUAUCAAAUGAAGUUGCUCUGAAACACAAUUUAGUUAUACAGUAGCCACAAAGUCUUUAGAGGAAUGGUUUGACAUUUCGAGAAAUAUGCAUAUACGUUUUUUGCUGAAGAUAAGAUUUAUACCACUCAUGUCUGUACGGUAAAUCUGGCGCUACAGCUAGCAGCCAGUUAGCUUAUCUUAGCAUAAAGAGUGGAAACGGUAGUCCCCAAGGUAACGAUUGAUCUUAUAAGCAUAAUAAUAAUCAAACUGUUCCUUUAAAGCAGCAGUCCACUGAUUUAGUUGAUGGUAACAGGAAGGAGUCCCUGGUUUCGGUCAAGCUCCAAACAUGCUGGAUCCUACACUUCCCAUAAUUCAUCUCUGUCAUUAUAAAGAUGCUGUUGAAUUAACACCCAAGUCUUUUUAAACUCCACGCCCCAGUUUGUAACGCAGUAAUUUUAUAGUCUCAAAAUCCAGGUUGAGAUAACCCAAGUGACAUCACUAUGAUAUCAUCAGUUUCCUUGACAAAGUCACAGAACAGAGUGAGUAGCCUAAUACUCUUUAUGAUCAAUGAACUGAUGUGUGAAUUGGUGGAGUGCCCCUUUAAGAAGAAAGUGCACUGGAUUAUAGACUUUUUUUGUAAUCAGAUUACUGUAAUCUGGUUGUAUGUUGAGAUACAAUAGACUAGUCACCGUUACAUCCGUCUUAACGAGCCUUACUCUGUUACUUUCGAUAUACUGCCAUUCAAAACACAAUCACUACGUUGUUCAGCAUUAACAUUAGCACCACCAUCAGAAGAAAAUUGCAAUGUUUUGUAAAAUUUCAGCCAUUGCAUGUUAAGAAUGUUAAUUGGUGUUUUUUUGAUGUCAUUAAAUUGCUUUACUUUCUUA